AUGGUAGCCGUUGCAUCUUAUCCGAGCCUCACUCCAGGGGCCGGUCUGCUCUCCUCACAGGGGGAAUGGGCCGGCCGGGGCGUUCUUCUAUCUGAGGCCGUCCCGGGCUUUCCCUUCUCCCCAGGCCUCCCAUCCUAUCCGAGAUUCACUCCCAAGCUGGUGUCCCGCUCCCCCGGAGAUAAAAGACCGCGUUCUUCUAUCUGCCGAAUGGGGUUCGGGGUUGCCUCUGCCCAGCGCUUGUUCGUCGUUUUUGCCGAAGAUAGAAGCGGCGUUCUUCUAUCUACCGGACUGCCCCCGGCUUUAGUUUCAACAGCUAUACACCGGGGCGUUGACCUUGCCACCCUUGUUCUUAUUGAGAUUCGCCGUCCGCACCGAAACCAGUUGAUUGAGCAGAGCCACACCUUUUGCCCGAAUGGCCACCAGAUCCCAUCGGCUCUAGUGGAGCUCAAAACGAUGCACGUUCGGUACGCCAUCAUCAAUAAGGACUUUACCACUAGUCCACCAGGGUCUUCCACACAACAAAACUACCAAGGCUUUGGCGAGGUCUUGUUUCCUGACCGCGAUGGUGUUCCGCACACCCAGUCCGUUGAUGGAUAUGGUGUUGUACAUAUCCCCGAGGAAGAUAAAGACGACCCGCCACAGGAAGAGAUACAACCCGAGAAGAGCAAGCAACCUCAAAGCAAGGUUGCUGCGUUCUCCUUUGAUGAUCUCGGGCAUGCUGUCCCUGUGAUUUGA